CGGUAGUCUCCGCUGCGGCUGCAGCCAGAAGACACAGCGGGAGAAACAGUGCGGCAGUUUCGGGAGGAACGCCGCACAACAGUUGGCUUUUUCUGCCCAUAAACGGAUAUUUUACAACGACUCUCAACCAAACUGUGAGGUGAAGCGUCGCCUGCAGCAGCCGUGGAAGCAUCACAUGGGAGUGUGUGUCUGUGUGUGUGACGCUGUGUGUUCAGGCCGAACCCGACCAGCAUGGCGGGCGGCAGAGAGCGAGGCUCGCGGACACAGCGGCCGUGGUCGGUUUACCGCGCUAACACCUUCGAGCUGUCCAGCGAGAUGAUCGGCCUGGCUCUGGCAGGAAAUAGUCAGGACCCGGAUGAACCUGUGCUGGAGUUCAGCGUUGCGUGCACAGAUCUGGUGGCUCCGGCUUUGGAUAGGAAACCAAACAGCUUCGUCGCAGUGAGCUGCACGACGCCGCCGCAGGCCUUCUGGACCAAACACGCCCAGACCGAAGUCAUCGAGGGAACCAGUAAUCCCAUCUUCCUCAGCAGCAUCGCCUUCUUCCAGGAGUCCAACAUCAACCAGCAAACGCAGGUGAAGCUCGCCGUGUACGACGUGAAGGACCGAUCGCAGGGCACGAUGUACAUGUUGGGUUCAGCACUUUUCCCUGUCAAGGAGCUGCUGCACGAGAAGAGCCACAGAUUACAGCUGGAACUGCGAUCGGCAGAGAACCAGCGGGUAGGAAACAUCACCAUCGCAGCCUGGCAGAUGGAGGACAGAGCAGAUCAGAGGAUGUCGGUCGGACGUCUGCCAGACAGCAUCAACGGACGGACGGUGCUGCCGGUCGACGAGAGUCUGACCGAGUCGAUGGGAGUCCGAAUAAAGUACGCGUCGCUAUGCAAAGACACGCUGCUGCGCUCAGUGUUCGGCGGCACCAUGUCCAGGAUGUACCGCUUCCCCACCACCAACGGGAACCACCUCCGGGUUCUGGAGCAGAUGGCCGAGAGCAUCCUGUCGCUGAACAUUCCCAGACAGUUUGUCAAACUGCUGCUGGAGGAGGACGCCGCCAGGGUUUGCGAGCUGGAGGAGCUGGGAGAGUUAUCGCCCUGCUGGGAGAAUCUGCGGCGACAGAUCGUCUCUCAGUACCAGACCAUAAUACUCGCAUACCAGGAAACACUGUCUGACCUCAAUGACUACAGAGGUCCGUCAUUCAAAGCCAGCAACCUGAAGGCAGAGAGGAAGCUGGAGUUCAUGCCGACCAACCUCCACGUCCAGAGGAUGAGGGUGCAGGAUGAGCUGGGCUUCGAGCACACCUAUGAUGUGGUGACAAUCGGCGCUCCGGCUGCUCACUGUCAGGGCUUCAAAAACAGCGGAUUAAGGAAGCUCAUCCAGAAGUUUGAGGAGGCAAAGAAACACAUAUAUGAGGAGGAAUGCAGCGCCCUCUCCAGCUCGCAGUCCAUCGUCUACAUCCCACAGGACAUCGUCCGAGCCAAAGAGAUCAUCGCCCACAUCAACACGCUCAAGACUCAGGUCAGCUACUACGCCGAGAGGCUUUCACGAGCCGCCAAAGACCGAUCGGCCAGCGGACUGGAGAGGACGCUCGCUAUUCUGGCUGAUAAGACUCGUCAGCUGGUGACGGUGUGCGACUGCAAGCUGCUGGCUUCGGCCAUUCAGGCCCUGAACGCAGCACGGCCCGAGUACAUCGCCUCGAAAGCGUCUCCUUCCGCCGAGUCCGAACAGGUAGUCCUCCGCAACGACCAGGACACACUGCUGGCCAAGUGGAGCGGUUCCAACAGCCGAUCUUCGCUUCAUGUGGACUGGCAUGAAGAGGAGUGGGAGAAGGUUUGGUUAAAUGUGGACAAAUCUCUGGAGUGCAUCAUCCAGCGAGUCGACAAGCUGCUUCAGAAAGAGAGGAGGCCCAGUGUUGGCAGUCAGGACAGUUCCCAGAGUGACCUGCAGGGCGGCAGCACCAAGAAAGGUGAUGGGAAAAGACGAGCUUUCUGGAUCAACCCAGGAAGCAUGUCGGAGGAUUCUCCAUCAUUACCACCACCAUCAUCAUCAUCAUCAUCAUCAGAACCACCACCUCCAUCCUCCUCCUCCUCUGCACGUCCUCCCAGCCCUGAAACCUAUGGGAGCCCCGCUGCUGAGGAGGCGUAUCCAGGCGAGUGGAGCGAGGCGCUGUAUCCCCUCCUCACCACGCUGACCGAGUGCGUCACCAUGAUGAGUGACAAGGCCAAGAAGUCGAUGGUGUUCCUGUUGAUGCAGGACAGCGCUCCCACCAUCGCCAUGGACGUGUCGCUGCAGUACCGCCGCGACGUCGUCUUCUGCCAGACGCUCACCGCUCUCGUCUGCGGCUUCAUCAUCAAACUGAGGAACUGUCUCCGUGACAACGGAUUCCUGCGACAGCUCUACACCAUCGGCCUGCUGGCUCAGUUCGAGUCGCUGCUCAGCACCUACGGAGAGGAACUCGCCAUGUUGGAGGAUAUGAGCGUCGGCAUCAUGGAUCUACGUAACGUCACCUUUAAGGUCACCCAGGCGACCGGCAGCUCCGCCCCCGACAUGCUGCCCAUCAUCACGGGGAACCGCGACGGCUUCAACGUCCGCAUCCCGCUGCCAGAAACCAUGUUCGACGCUCUGCCUCGUGAGAUCCAGAGCGGCAUGCUGCUGAGGGUUCAGCCGGUUCACUUCAACGUCGGCAUCAACGAGCAGCAAACGCUGGCGGAGAAGUUUGGAGAUACGUCCCUGCAGGAGAUCAUCAACUCAGAGAGUCUCUCCAGAUUAAACUCCUACUACGAACAGUUCAAAGAAGUCCUGCCUGAGGACUGCCUCCCGAGGUCUCGCUCUCAGACGUGUCUUCCUGAGCUGCUGAGGUUUCUGGGGCAGAACGUCAACGCCAGGAAAAACAAGAACGUGGACAUCCUCUGGCAGGCUGCCGAGAUCUGUCGGCGGCUGAACGGCGUUCGCUUCACCAGCUGCAAAAGCGCCAAAGACCGCACGGCCAUGUCGGUGACGUUGGAGCAGUGCCUGAUCCUGCAGCACGAACACGGCAUGGCGCCGCAGGUUUUCACGCAGGCCCUCGACUGCAUGCGCAGCAUUGGUACGAGGGAGGGGGUGAUCCAGAAGAACCUGAGCGGCUUGCUGCCGGUGCGGGACUUCCGGCUGGACCCCAGCCUCCUGUACUCGCUGCCCCUGCUGGCCCUCAGCCCCAACCUGCUGGUGGUGUGGAUCUUCCUCAGCGUGGCCUACUUCUUGGCCAAACUACGCUGCAGCUGAGCGGCCCUCAUUUGACUGAAUGCAAAACACUUACUGGUGGAGGUGGUGGUAACGCUCUGCACCGACUCCCCGGAGUGUUUCUCAAACUGUGCCACUGUCCUGUGAGAGUGUUUGAUCUAAAGGGCUUUACACAACCAACGCCCCAUUUAUCACGGGCCCAGCCCUGCACCUCAUCUGGUCUUUGCUUGUUUAUGUCAACAGACACUUUCUGUUUCCUUUUCUUUCCUGCACGUGGACGGCAAACCUGGUAUCAUACAAAUAUUAAGAUUUACAUUUUACCAACACAUGACAACACAGCCCCUUUCAGACAUGCUCUGCUUUCCUUUAAUGUGACGGCAACUAAACGUGAACGCUGACUUUUCUUUUGAGGUCGGACCAAGUAACACUUUAGUCUAAACUGAACCCAGCACCACCACAGAGAGUCUUUACGCCGAGUUUAUUAAAUAACUGCUGUGUUGGACAGAAGCAGAAUCCAUAUUAGUGACUCCAAACUGUAUUUUAUGUACAUCAGUAAUUUCAUUAAUUAGUUAUAAACUAUCCAUGACAUAGAGACAGGAUGGAUCAGGAUUUAACAGCAGGCCACACUGUGAACUUGUCUGGUUUGGUUUGUUGCUUCCAGCUGUUGAGGCCUAUUUCCUCUGAGUUAACUGAUCAAGUUUUGGUUGUUCCUUCCAUCUGUUUAGGACUGUUUCCUCUGAAUUAACAUGUCAAGUUUAGUUUGUUACUUCCAGCUGUUUUGGACUAUUUCCUUGAACUUAGCUUGUCAAGUUUGGUUUGUUGCUUCCAGCUGAAGAACUCCAGAACUAUUUCCUCUGAAUUAAGUUCAGAAAUCAGCAUGAUCCAUGUCAGUGUGCAUUUAUGAGUGUGGUAACUUAAUUAAAUCCUUGUAGUUAUUAAUUAUUCCCAACAUGGAGACAGGAUGCAAUAGGAUCUAACAACAGGCCACACUGUGAACUCUACUUUAAAAAGGUGCACAGAAGUUUGGUUUGUUGCUCCAGCUGUUCAGGACUAUUUCCUCUGAAUUUAUUAAACACCUCAUCAUCAGAUAGCAGCAGGAUCAAUACAAGAGUCUUCAAACUAAGAGAGUUGAACGCAUUUAUGCACGUGGGACGAUAAGUUAAAUAAAUACUUGUAAUUAUAAAUGAUCCCCAAUGUGGAGACAGGAUGCAAUCAGGUCCAACUGCAAGUUAUUCUGUACUUUUCUUUACAUCAGACAGCUGAAGUUUAGUUUGUUGCCUCCAGCUGUUUAGGACUGUUUCCUCUGAGUUUAUUGAAUAUCUGCAGCAUCAAACAGCAUUAAAUUAUAAUCAUCCCAGGCAUGGAGACAGUAUCGAUGAAGAUACAACAGCAGGUCACACUGUUGUUUUACUGUUGGUAGAAACAGAAGUUAGACUAUCAUUGCACAUGGACAGAAUUUUCAGUAUUUAAGAAAUCCCAGUUAGUCAUUUGGACAGUUUGAUAAGCUGCUGUUAGUUUAGAUUUUGUGUUUUGUUUGUUGCUGCGUUGUUAUUCAUUUUACAUAAGUUGGGAUGUGCCUGAGGAACAUUAAUGGAAUGUCUAAAUGGCAGAUUGUCGUCACUUUAAUGGACUGAUGAGGCAGAAAUGUUACUGAUCUCAUGUCUGAAAGAGGCUUUUGUGUUCACACUAAACCAGCUGAUUGUAAAGUCUACAUGCGUGAAGUCACGAGUGUUUUCAGCAGAUCAUCCCCCUAUUCCACACACAAACAUGUCUGUACAUACUAUACAGCUUUGGAAAUAUUCAUCAGACAACUGUGAGCACAGUUUACUUUUACUUACUAUCUUUUUGUCAUCUCAAAAUCCUGUUCUUUUAGAUGUUAAGUGAUAAUUUAGCUAUAAAUUAUUUACAUACAAAGCUUAUGCACAAAAUAACAAAAAGUGACUUGUGAAUAUUGACAUUUUUGCAGUUACUAUUACAACUUUUUUCAUGUUUUCUUAAAUUCAAAGGAAACAUCAGGUGGUCUAAUAGUUAUCCCCAAAGUUGUAGAUAUUUUACUGUUUGGCUUUUUAAUUGGUUUCCACAUUUGUCACUUGUGUAAACUCUGCCUGCAGUUAGGUGGAAAACCUCCUGAAUUCGGUCAUGAUUUCUUGGUGGUGACAAGAAACACCAAAUUUUUUUAGUUUUUUUGCAGAAUCAGGUUAAAGAAAAAGGUACAUUUUGACCAGUUUUUAAAUCUGGAACAAAGAGAUAUUGAUGAACAUCACAGAUGAUUAAUUCUAAGAAAAACAGAAACCGAAUCGUUAUUUUAGCCGUUUCCGGCUGAUAAAUUUAUUCCUUUUCAGCUGAUUUUGGGGUUCAAAGUUGGUAAAAUAAGUGGCCAGUCUUGAUUUAAAGCAGCCCCUUUUCCAAAAGCACCAUUUUCUUUGAACUUAAGAGAUCAUUUCAGUUCUUUUUGGUGACGACAAACAGCCAUAAGACUAAACUUAACAUGCUCAGAUUUUCUGAAACUGUAUUAAAACAUGUCAUUAGCAGUGCUGUGGUUUCAGUUUCAGCUGGUUUAGUGUGAACCCAAAGGAUCCUCGUUUGUUUUUCAGUGUGUUUCUGACAUAUACGAAAGAAAAACUGACCAAUAUUAGUGAAUUUUCACGUCUUUUUCGUGGGUAGCGCCCUCCGGUGGACAGAAUUAUUUCCUUUGUGACUCAGUGGGUGCUCUGCCUUAUUCUUCACUGUUAUAACACGACACUCGCUGAGAAAACGGAUAUAAAAAGUGGCAGUUUAUUUGUGAAAUAUGUGAAUAUGUAUAAAAAUGAGCAGAUUAUAUACAGACUUUGCUUUCAGGACGAAUCGACAGUAGCUUUCUUGAGAUUUAAUUUAUGAUUUAAGUGCCGCACAAACAGCUUAUUUCAUUCAUGCAAUAGCUUGUUUGAUUUAUCGUUGUCUUCCACGUGCUUUUGCACUUAACCUUACCGGCUGAUGUAGACGAAACUAAAGCUUUGAUUUAGUGCCAAAAUCAAGCAAGCAGACUUUGGCUUUUUUAUAUAUAUAUAUAUAUAUAUAUAUAUAUUCAGGCUUGCUUUAUUUCUUUUGGUCUUCCUGCUUUCCUAGAAGAUAGAAGGAGUUUAUUUUUUUGCUUCUACUUGAGCUUGUGCACUUUCCAGCAGAUCUGGGUCACUGACUCUGUUUACAUGCAGCUUAUUAUAUCCAUUUUAAUCACAAUUAUCCAGUAGGGAUCAUAAACCUACGUUUACGGCACUGUUUACUCAGAAGUAAAUGAACUGAACUCAUUAAAGACAUCAGUCAGACAAGAACUCAUGAGAAAAGGUUAAAUUUAGUCAAAAAUCUUGUAAAUACACGCGUUUAAAGUGCAUGAAGGCAGAAAAUUCCAUUCAACAUAUUGAAAUUCAAGCAUUCUGAGAGGAAACUAAACUUCUUGCGCCUCCUCUUGACUUUGCUUUCAUGCUUUUGAUCAGGGGUUUCAAACUCAUUUUAGUUCAGGGGCCAGUCCAGUAAAUAGUAGUAAAGAGAGUAAAUAUUGGACUUGCGUUCAUUUUGGGUCACAAACUCAACUACUAAUGAAAGCUAAUGUUAUUGUGUGUCUUCUAGAUGUGUUAAUAGAUUAGAAUUAAAUUAGUUCAUAUUUUCAAUUUUACUUUUCGACUGUUAUAUUGUUUUACAUUUAGCUUUCAGUUUCAGUUAAUUUAAAAGGGACUCCUCUUAAUCUAGAGAUAACGUUUAAACACAGCUGGUAUUUUUAAAGAGCGUUUUCUUGUAGCACCUGCAAGAUGACAUCAAAAAUGUAAAAGAGAAAAGGAACAAAUUAGGUUUUAAGGUUAUUCGAGAGCCAUUAUGACUUAAUUGUUUUAACUCUUUCAUCUGUUCUUGCCCGACUGAGUGUCAUUUCUGGGUUCAGUUCAUCUGUAAAAGCUGCGAUAAUGUUAAAUGUCAUCGCUGGUUUUCUCAUUUUCGUCCCAGCGAGCCAAACUGGGUACAGUAAGUCAGCGGUUCAACCCAAAUCUGCUCUUCAGCUUUCAUGACGAUGCAGUAAAGAUCGGCUUCGUCUCGCCAAUUGAUGAAGCCGAAUCUUUGUGUUUUGUUUUUAGGAUGCAGCUUCUAAUUGGCUAACGUUGGAAUGUACGUUUGUAGGAUAUUCAGGGGAAUUGUGUUUGAUUAUGCAGAGUAGCGCUGCAGGUUGUACAGCCUUUAGAGCAUUUAACUGUACCUGUACCAGCUAUUACAUUUAUACAAGCUUUAUCCAGUCCAUUUGUAUAGAGCAAAGGCACUGAUUUUAUUUUAUUUAUGAAUGAAGGAGGGAUGUAUUCGUUGUUGCGCCAAAAGUCAGGUUUUUAGCAAGUUAAUUCAGGUUUAUUUACUUUCAUUUGUGGUGUAUGCAUCCGAGAAACAAGUAAAAAACACACUAAAUAUAUGUGUUUCUCUUGUUUCAGGCGUUUUUAUGUCAUUUUACUGGAAUAUAAUGCUCCUGUUGGUUUCUCAGUUUGGUCGAUUAACUGUUUUCUCAAUAGGAUGUCAGACAUUUAUUUGUUUUAGUUUACAAAUAGUCCAACACCCAAAGAAUAAAAUGUCUAAUUUUCACGUUACAUUUUGAAACAAGCUAAUUUUUGCAAUUUCUUCUUGAAAAAUUAGUAGAAUAAUGAACUGCUGGUCACAUAAUUUGCUGAUUAAUCUUCUAAUCAAAGAGAGCUUCCUAGAAAAAUGUUAGUUUUUCAUGUCCUCUGUUACUAAAAUGGUGGUAUAUUGUGGAAAAAUAAGAGUUUAUUUAAGAGUAUUUCCCAAACAACUAGCAGUAAUACCAUUUAACCCCCAGUGAAGUAUAAAUAUUACUCGUGGAAACCUCUUACUAAAUACUAAAACAUCACUCAAAACCAAUUAUUGGUAGUCUUGGCCCCUGAAUUUUGGAUAAAACCAUUAAAGAAUCUAAAAAACUGAGUAUUUUAAAGUAUUUAAAGAGUAUGUGAGAGUAUGGAGGCAGAAGCACUCAGGUUUUUUUGCUCACUGCAAACCUGCAAUGUAGAAUCAAUAUCUCGGCCUGUGGAGCUAAAUGAAAGCGUCAGUCGGCUCCCCGGAGUUCGGAGGCUUCGUCUCAUUAAGAUCGACCCAGUAAAGAAAUGGAUCAGACCAAAAUAACCUCUUUUGGGAGUUUAGCUUCAUAUUUUUCUUUGAAGACUGAAGCCAUACAGAAACAGUUGCCUUGCUUAGUCUAAAGCACCUUUAAAGGUCACUAAUUACAAGUUAAUUUCACAUAAAAACAAAGCGUUAAAACAAUUUUAACAGUGAUGCAAACAAUUCAAAAAAUUCUUUAGGUAACCCAAGCUAACGGCUACUAGUGUUAGCUAAAUUUUAGCAUACAAAUGUGAUUGUGGUGUCAAUUUUCUUAUCUAACUUUGGGCAGUAAGUAAAUAAAAAGUUCAAAUUAAUACUUCAAAUUAAUAUUUACCCCCUUUUUAUGUUUUUUAAUGUUUAUUUUUAAAAUUACUGUUUAUCUCAAUGUCUGUAGAACUACCUCUGUGAGACACAAGUCACAGUGUAUAUUAGCAUUUAUUAAUAAACAGAACGAUUUAAUCUAUAAAUACAUCUUAUAUAAAGAUAUAUGAACACAUGGUCACUGAACAGCAGGGAUGUAACUGUUUUUGAUGGAAGUUUAUUAAAGAAUAUAGGUAAUUAAUUUCCCAUUGGAGGUGUAAUUACACCAGAGUGGUUCCUAAAAAUGUCAGUUUCAAAUUAUUCUCUCAUUGACCUUAAAGAGAAACAUCUCAGUUUUGCCAGUUUUUGUUCCUUAUUUUAUUUUUUUUUCAUGCUAGGAAUCCAGAUGUAUCAGAGAAUAUAUUUGUACUGCUGUAUAUAAAUUGUAUUUAAAUGCUUGUAUUGCCUAAAUGCUUUAUUUAUUCUACUACCAUUUGCAAUAUAUUGUCUUAAGUUGUUCCAAAGCAGAGUAUAUAUAUUGAAGAUUAUUAUGCUUGUGCCAUAACUGUCACGCUGUCGUCACUUUAAUAUAUCUGUUGUUAUAAUCUCGCUGUAAAAUACAUAUUUAUAUGUUUUUGUUUAUCGUGACUGUUGCCCUAGUAACAGUUUGCAGAUAUUUUUAAACCUCUGAGCCUUCUUGUUCAACGAAAGAAUAAAUAUUAAGUUUUUUUUUUUGGGAAUAUUUGACCAGUAAAUGAACAUUUCUGUCAAUAGGAUCAUAAUUGCAAACUGUUUUUAUGUUAAAAUGAAGGUGAAAAACUCUAAUUUAAUGGUGGUGUGUCUAUAAGUGUCUCUAGGAAAGGUGAGAAUGUUGUUAGAGGUGUUUUAAUCCUAAAUGACGUUGAUUUGCACUGUUUUUGCGGCUCUUUUGGUGAAACACUCGAUACAAAACAGGAAAACCUGAUGCUGUAUUGUCAUUGUGUUUCUUUUCGACUCGGCAGCAAUUUGGUGUCAGAAAACUUCAUGUCCCAUGAUCCACGUUGCUCUAAAUGUACCACAAACCCAAGAAAACCUCCCGUCAGUGUGUCCAGACAGUCACACUCCUGCUGAAAUAAAUGUUUUUGUGCCUCCAGC